CUAUGUUUGUGAGCCGAGGCGUCCUUGCGCGCAGCCAUGGCGAGCAGCUCGCAGACGCCGCCCGAGCAGCCGCUGCAGGUGAAGGUGGUGGGGCUCUUCAAAAGCUCCAGCUUUCAAAUUGCGAAGAGCGCCGCUGAGAGUCUGAAGAGUAAUUAUCCAUCCAAAUUUGAAGACCCUAUAAUAGUUCCUGUUCAAGAAUUUGCAUGGGAUCAAUAUCUACAGGAGAAAAAAAGGGAACUUAAGAAAGAAAUCUGGGAAUAUUCUUCCUAUGUGAUGUGUUUUAUUAACGGUCAGCUCCUGGGUGAUGCACUUGAUCUUCAGAAAUGGGCCCACAAAGUGUGGGAUAUAGUUGACUUUAAGCCUCCUGCACUUUACGAAGCACUUACUAUGGAUUAUUCUGCCAAAUUCUUAAGAGACACGAAGCAUGAUUUUGUGUUCUUGGACAUUUCUAUUGAUUUUUAUCCAAUCGGAAGAUUGAUUUUUGAGCUGUAUUGUGAUGCAUGUCCCAAAACAUGUAAAAAUUUUCAGAUCCUGUGCACAGGAAAAGCAGGGUUUUCCCAAAGUGGCAUCAGGCUACAUUACACAGGUUCCAUUUUUCAUCGAGUGGUACGGAAUGGUUGGAUACAAGGAGGAGAUAUAGUUGCUGGAAAAGGAGAUGGUGGAGAGUCAAUUUAUGGACCAACAUUUGAAGAUGAAAAUUUCUCAAUUCCUCAUAAUAAAAGGGGAGUUCUUGGAAUGGUCAACAAAGGCCAUCACAGCAAUGGGUCACAAUUCUACAUCACACUACAAGCAACUCCCUAUCUAGAUAGAAAAUAUGUGGCUUUUGGGUAUGUGCAUUGCAAUUGAUUGAAGGAACAGAUGUUCUUCAUCAACUAGAAUUGGUUCCAACAGAGAACGAAAGACCAAUACAACAAUGUGUAAUUAUUGACAGUGGAGAGUUUUAUGCCUAACCUUCAUAUCAGUAUUUUCUGACGAUUUAUUAUUGUAUAACUGAUCAGCUGUUUCUACAUUUAAUUAAAGUGUUUGUUAAAAUUUGAUUUGAAA